GCGAGUACGAAUACUAGUUUGAGGAAAAUAGCAAAGCUCAAACACCGAUGCUUUGGUACAAAAAUCCAAGAAAACUCAAACUGUGAAAAUGGAAAGAUGUCUUCUUUCAUCCACAGUUUCAUGUUUAAGAAUUUGUCAGUUACCCAGAAUUCUUCUUCCUUAUAAUCUGUCAUUUCCUAGAAGUUGUAGCACAAAACACGGGUUUUGUACAAGUUUUUCCACUAGAGCCAAAACAAAUGGAGCAUUUUGCACCAAGGCUACUUUAUCUGAAUUGGGUAACAAGAAAGUAUACUCAAAGAUUGGUGCUGACUCAACUGGAAGUAUUCCCUCCAGUGAGCUACUUCAAGUUGUUGAAGUUGCUGCCAAAACUGGUGCUCAGGUUGUAAUGGAUGCUGUGAAUAAGCCUCGAAAUGUUACCUAUAAAGGGCUCACUGACCUAGUGACUGACACAGAUAAAAGUAGUGAAGUUGCUAUCCUUGAGGUCGUGAGGAAGAAUUUUCCAGAUCAUCUAAUCCUUGGGGAGGAAGGAGGAAUUAUUGGAGACUCAUCAUCUGAUUAUCUCUGGUGCAUUGACCCUUUAGAUGGAACAACAAAUUUCGCGCAUGGCUAUCCUAGCUUUGCGGUCUCUGUGGGUGUUCUUUUUAGAGGGAAGCCUGCUGCAGCUGCUGUGGUGGAACAAUCUCUUCUAGUGACUGGAUUUGGAUAUGAUCAUGAUGAUCCAUGGGCAACCAAUAUAGAAUUGUUCAAGGAAUUUACUGAUGUCAGCCGGGGUGUGAGAAGGCUUGGUGCUGCUGCAGUUGACAUGUGUCAUGUUGCUUUGGGGAUUGCUGAAGCAUAUUGGGAAUAUCGUCUAAAGCCAUGGGACAUGGCUGCAGGAGUUCUGAUAGUUGAAGAGGCUGGAGGGACAGCUUCGUGUAUGGAUGGUGGAAGGUUUUCAGUAUUUGAUAGAUCUGUCUUGGUAUCCAACGGUUUGCUCCAUGCAAAGCUCCUUGAGAAGAUUGGUCCAGCAAAAGAGAAUUUGAAGAGCAAAGGGAUUGAUUGCUCAGUGUGGUUCAAGCCAGAAAAUUACCAUACAGAAGUUUGAUACAUCCCUACGUUUUGUUUUUAGAUGUCCUGCUUGAAAGAUUCUGCUACGAUCAGAUUUUGGUUAGGUCAGUAUUUGCAUUUGUAUUUUCUAUUUUACUUAUCAUUGUAUGGAACUGGUGAAAUAUUCGUUGGUAUUAGGUACAUAUUAAUAUAACAUAUCCUUUAGGUAAAAGGAUCUUGGCAACGGAAAUAAAUUAUAUUCAAAUGUUUACUGUAUUUAUUCCCGUUAUAUACUUAUAGCUGGUUGACUUACUGGAAACGACAUUGAGUACCAAGACGUUUCCGUUAGUAGAAUAGACUUUAUACGACUUUUGGUCGAUCAGUAGUAGAAUAGACUUUAUACGACUUUUGGUCGAUCAGCUUAUACGAUUAUAUCUAUUAACAAUAUGUUAUGCCAUGUUUGUUUCCAUGUUAUAGUAUAACCAACAAACUUAUCCAUUAAAUGCUCGUAUGUCACUGAGAAAGUGCAAUACUGGCUCUUAAAAUAUUUUCCCAGAUAAUACAAUUUUUUUUUUUUAAAAUUCUGGCAAAUACGCUGAACCUCAAAAUGAUGUUUUAAUUGAGACUUUUACUUUUUUCAUUCUGGAGGUUUACAGACCCAUAGGUUUCCCUGCUGGGGGAAAUUGUAAUUACCCCAGAUAUAAUUUUGGGGCACAUGGGAAGCACGUGAGUUUUAAGUUUCAACUCACUCCCAUAUAUACACACGUGAACCAACGGAAAGAGGAUGUAAAAAUUUGGCUAAUUCUUGAUUUCUAGUUCUCUUCUCUCUCUCAUCCGUCUCUUCCUCGGCUCUUCUUUUCUUCCCUCAUCUUCUUCUUCCUUCUUAUUCUUUUAGGAUUUCACAGAAAAAUUCAAGCUCGUUAAUGGAGUUUAGCUUCGAAUUAGUUCUCUUUCAUUUUACUCUUCUUUGUAGCAACUGUUGUAUUGAAUUCUACAAGUAAUAAAAUUUCCAUUUUUGCCCUAAUUCUUUGAUUUCGAUCCAAGUACAUUACAAAUGGUAUCAGAGCCUAAUCUCGGCACCUUUGGGAGUUUGACAGCCAUGACCGAAGAAAUUGCAUUUGACGGUUUUUCAAAGACGAUUCAGUCGGCUAGUGUCCGGAUUGGGGGAAAAUUGGAUAAAAUGACUGGCCACUGCACAGAUUAUUAGAGAGGUUUGGAAUCAGGCUGGAAGAUAAGGGAACCGAUUAUCAUGUUUUUAAAGAAGAUCAAGAAAGUACAGCAGGACCAAAAGUUUCAAAAAUAUUGGAUAUUGAGUCAAAUGAGGUUGAAAAAGCUUCAGUAACUCAAUCAGGUGAUGCUGAAGAAUCUGAUCCUGUAGAAGGAGUAAUUCAAUCAAGUGAUGCCGAAGAAUCUAACAAUGCAGAAGGAGAUCUUAACCGAAGCUCGGAGUUGGCUGAAGCGCGUUCUUGCUUGAUGGGUAGUGCUACCAGUUCUUAUACUACAUUCAAGUUGAUGACUAUUGAGAUAAAGGAAACUAAUGACCUCCCCAUGAGCAGGCUAUCAGAUGGGCGCAAGGUGUUUGAUAAAAUGUCAAACAAGAGGCUCCAUAACAAUUCAUGUGGUAGAUAUUCCGAAAUUCAUGUCUUAUGUUAUGUACGCCAUAUAUUACACAUAAUUCAAGUUUGUUAUCUUCCAAUGGAAAGGGGUCCGCCAGGAAAAUAUGUAAGCAACCUUAGUAUAGAGUGCCCUGGUGAUAUAAGCAAAUCUAGAAUGGUUACAUGGUACUUCCCUUCUAAGUUUCUUCAUGGGUAUGUUGAAAAACAUAUCGAGUCACACUUGCUAGAAAUUGUACCCGGUUUUUGUUUAAUGAACACCUUCUUGAUGGUUUUGAUAAAAAAUAUACUCCAAGUCUUUUUCUUUUCAGAGAUGCCCAUGUUCUUCUUUCUUCGUCAUCUUCAGUUUGACCAAAAAAUAGAAGUGGUUCAUGUUAAUUCCA